CACUAGUCCUGAGAGCCACCAGCUCAGAGAAGUAGUCCAGCCACUCCAGAAACAGAAACACUCAGCCUGACUCCUGCAGCUGCAGCACACAUUAACUCAACCUGUUAAAAAAACAUUCAAUCAGCAAGGUGACGCUGAGUGACAGCUUCUUGUUUCUGGGCUCAUUUAGAUCACCGGCAGCCUUUUACACCUGAGACUCAGAGGUGAAGCACAGCAGAGAUGAGGAUGGGGAUGCAACGACGCUCACACAGCUUUCUGGCCCUUCUCCUUGUGGUCUUCAUCGCUGGGAUAGUUCUCUCUGGCCCCUCGAGCCCUCGCAGGAGCAGAGUGAGACGCCAGAACAUGAAAGUCCGUAUCAACGCCACAGGAGACACCAUCGUGUUGAAGUUUUUGCGUCCAAAUGCUGACACCAAGCUUGAGGGUUACAUCCUGGGCUACGGAAGCAGCAUGUUCUCCAAACAGUUCAUCCAGCUGCCUGAGAACGGACAGCCGUACGAGACCGAGUUUGAUGCUGAGCCCAAGUACCUCAUCGCCGUCCAGCCCAUCCCCACCAAUGAGGUGAAAAAGCAAUGCUCAGGUAAAGUGGAGCUGCAGAAGCCGCUACACCUGGUCAUUGGAUCUGUGACGCCCACCUCAGUCCUCCUGUCUUGGGGGACCCUGCUGAAAACUCCUUAUGAAGGCAACGUUAUGAAUGACUGCCUCGAGGAUGGACACUACACGGUGCGCUAUCGCGAGAGGAACAGGAAGUGGAACUACCAGACCUGCCCUACUAGCGACACGGUCAUUGACAACCUGAAGCCAAACACACUCUAUGAGUUCGGUGUCCAGCCCAACUCUAAGGAUGGCACUGGAGUGUGGAGCAAGCCGGUCAUUCACAACAUCAGCUCAGGAGGCAUCGAGGAGAAGACAGUCAGGAAAAUCUUAAAACGUCCCACUGGCCCUCUGAAACCCAUACCGUCAGGCCCGCACUCCUUCCCCUAUUCUCCACGCCAUGUUCUCCAUAACAGGACCCAGGGCAGACCGCCCCUUUCCCGGAACAUAGCCCCAAAGACAACUCUUGCUCCAACCACAACUACUAAACAGGAAUCUCUGUCGACCCCUGAACCCACACUCCCUGUGGUCACCAAACAGCCAAUCGGAGGAGGAGACCGCUCAAGAUCUGUCUUGACUCCUUUCAUGGAGCCCCCUAUAGCUCCCAAACACCCACCUCCACCAUGUAUUACGACCACCACAGCAUCUGUGUUGGUCACCCAACCUCAUGCACAACCUCAACCAAACCCCCAGCUCCAGCCUCAGUAUCUGCCACCUCAACAACCAAAGCCCCAAACCAAAAAACCUCAACCUCAGCCUCAACCAAAACCCUUUUUCCGACCACAACCCCAACCCAAAUCGCAACCCAAACCCCAACCCCAACCCCAACCCAAACCCCAACCCCAACCCCAACCAACAUCCCAGCCCCUAUUCCAGACUCAACCACAACCCCAACUAACAUCCAAGCCUGUAUUCCAGACCAAACCACAACCUGAAACUACAUCCAAGCCCAUCUACAAGACCAAACCACAACCCAGAACAACAUCCAAGCCCCUAUUCCAGACCCAACCGCAACCUCAACUAACAUCCAAGCCUGUAUUCCAGACCAAACCACAACCCGAAACAACAUCCAAGCCCACCUACAAGACCAAACCACAACCCGAAACAACAUCCAAGCCCACCUACAAGACCAAACCACAACCCGAAACAACAUCCAAGCCCAUAUUCCAGACAGAACCACAACCCCAACUAACAUCCAAGCCUGUAUUCCAGACCAAACCACAACCCGAAACAACAUCCAAGCCCAUAUUCCAGACCAAACCACAACCCCAAACAACAUUCAAACCCGUAUUCAGGACCAAACUACAACCCCAAACAACAUCCAAACCAGUAUUCCAGACCAAACCACAACCCCAAACAACAUCCAAGCCCAUGUUCGGGACCAAACCACAACCCCAAACAACAUCCAAACCCGUAUUCAGGACCAAACUACAACCCCAAACAACAUCCAAGCCCAUAUUCCAGACCCAACCACAACCACAACCAACAUCCAAGCCCAAAUUUCAGACCCAACCACAACCUCAACUAACAUCCAAGCCCAUAUUCCAGACCAAGCCCCAACCAACAUCCCAGCCCAAAAUUCCAACCCAACCCCAAUCAACACCUAAGCUCAAAAUCCAGACCCCACCUCAGUCACAAACAUGGUCAAAGCCACAUUCCCAAUCACAACCUCAAACCACAACCCAGCUCCAGGCUGAACCACAACCUCAACCUACCCUCCAGCCAAAACAUCAGGCCCAAACUCAAACACAACCGCAUCCAAAGACUCAGAGCCAGUCUCACCUUCAAACACCUCCCCAGCCCACACCUGUGGCACACCCUCAAACACCUCAGCCAACACUUCAUCAUAUACCUCAGACCCAACAAGUACUACCAAAGAUUCACAUUGGACCACAACCUCAACCACAAAUUCGAUCUACAACUCAGCCACAAGCCCAAACACAACCUCAACCAAAGACCAACACACAGCCUAAACCACAAUUUCAAUCUACAACUCAGCUACAAACCCAAACACAACCUCAACCAAAGACCAUCCCACAGCCCCAGCCACAGCUUCCACCAAAAACCAACCCAGAACCUCAACUUACCACCAAGCAACUGGCUAAGGCCCAGCCAACACCUGAACCAGAGAUUUUUUUCCAACCAGAGUCCAAAACACAGCCUCAACCAAAGAGCCAACCCAAGCCCAAAACACGGCCUCAACCAAAGAGUCAAGCCAAGCCCAAAACACAGCCUCAACCUAAGCCCAAAACCCUGCUUCCACCAAAGAGACAACCCAAGCCCCAACCACCAUUUCAACCAAAAAAACAGCCAAAGCCUCAGCAACCACCUCAACCAAAAAAACAGCAUCAACAAAAGCCCCGAACAAGGGACCAACAAGAAACUCACCCCAAAACCCAGGCCCAACCUGAAUUAAAUUCUCAAUCCAUUCCCCAACCCCAACCUUCACAAAAUGCCCAGACUCAGUCCCCGCUUGCCCUUCUCCCCAAGCCUCAACCGCAACCUGGGCUGCAGCCUCAGACCAGGACCUACUCUGAUCCUCCCAAGGUCACCCUAAGGCAGGCAGUAUCCACGGCUCCUAGUCCACCAGAAGAGGGCAAGCCUCUACCAAGACCUGCCCUGGCUACAGAGAAGGCUGGUAGUUACAAUCAGGGUACUGGCGUCCUCAGGCCAUCAGUUCCUGAAGCUCCUCGUUCUCCCAUUAGCUCUUCAGUAACUCCAGUAGGAAGAAACACCACGCUGCCCCGCACCCGGGUUCCUCCUCAUACUACUCGUAAUAGUGGCAGACCAAUUUCUCCAUCCAAGACAUUCACCUCUCAAAGCUCCAGCACACCUGGGGCCGAUGGGGCGCAUCAUAGGGGCAAUGCUCUUCCUAAACCUGUGGUGUGGUCCAAAGAAAAACCUGUUCCUGCAGUCCUGCGUCCCGCUAAUCCUGCCAACAAGAGACUCAACCUGGUGGGGAAACCCAGUGACCAUGAUAAACCCAUGGACCUCAAACAGGGAGACAAGGAGUCCAUCUUGAAGCCAUUCCCUCUGGUCACAGCCAAACCUAAGCAAGAGCGCAGGCAGCAGCAGACAACCACCUCUGCCCCGGCAGUAAACACCAGCCGCUUUGACAUAAAUGAGAACUCUUCCAUAUUCAGGCCUGUGCCUGCAUCAGAGGUAGACAUCAUGGGCAAGAAGCGCUUUGUAGCUCCUCAUGUGGUCUACAAGACAGAUAAGAAGCCAGAUGAGCCGUGCUCCAUCACCACCUCCCUCACUUACUUCCCUGACGAGGAGGGCAGUGAUCAGAACGUGACUGGUCCUCCCCGCGUCCCUCCCUCCAACCUCACUGUGGUUACUGUGGAGGGCUGCCCAUCUUUCGUCAUUCUCGACUGGCAGAAAUCUGACAAUGAAACCAGAGAGUAUGAAGUUGUGUCCACCACCAAAGGACCAAAUGGAGAGGAGGUGUCCGUACUGACGACCAACCAGACACACACAGCCGUGGAGAAUCUCAAACCAGAGAGCAGUUAUGAAUUCACAGUAACACCAAAGAAUGAGCUGGGAGCAGGACCCUCCACUGAUCCCGUGUCAUUCAGCACAGAAUCAGCGGAUCCACGAGUGAGCGAGCAUGUUUCAGGCAAAGAUGCCAUCUGGACUCAGUUCCCAUUCAAAUCUGAUGAUUACUCUGAAUGCAAUGGAAAACAGUAUGUGAAGAGAACUUGGUACAGAAAGUUUGUGGGCAUCCAGCUCUGCAACUCCUUGAGAUACAAGAUCUACCUGAGCGACUCUCUCAACGGGAAGUUCUACAAUAUUGGAGAUCAGACGGGACACGGCGAGGACCACUGUCAAUUUGUGGACUCGUUUCUGGAUGGACGAACCGGCACACAGAUGUUAGCUGACCAGCUACCGAGCAGGCCAGGGUUUUAUAGAGCGUUGAGACAGGAACCUGUCCACUUUGGAGAGAUCGGAGGGAAGUCGCAUGUUACUUACGUAGGGUGGUACGAGUGUGGCACACCCAUUCCUGGGAAGUGGUAAGACCCCACAGCGUUGCAGGAAGAAGAGCUUCCUUGGUAGGGAGAAAGAAGAAGACGCCUGACUUGGCCUAAAGGGAGGUGGGCCUCUCUUUCAUGUUACCAUGGACACUGUAGAUGGGUCUGUUUGUAUGAACUCAGCCUACUCUCGCAGGUAUGAACCUUUACAAAACUCUUUUGAGUGCAUUUGUAAUAUUGGUCUUAAUUUCUCUAUUUAUCAAAAAUGCAUCCAAUGAAGGAAUGCAGGUGUUGAGUGAACCAAAAUGUUGAAUAUACAGUAAUUACAGAGAAAAUGUUGGGAAGCUGGCUCCCAAAGUGUGAUAACUUGUAUGAUAUUAUUUAUCAAAGGGGGUUGUUAUUGAACAUUCUUUGUGUGCUCGAGCUUUGAGAUGAGACAGUAAAAAAUGUUCCCAAUACAUGUAUGUCAGUGAGCACACACUUUGUGUCAUUUGUAUGCAGAAAGGUGCCAAUCAUACUUUCAUUGUACAUUUGGACUAUGUAAAAUAACAGUAAGCACAGACAUGCAGAAUUGACCCUCUGCUGGCCCUAAGGGAUUGUUAGCAGUUGCAGUUUGCACAGUAUUAAACCUUUGUUCAUAUAUGUAUAUGGUGUGAAAUACAGUAUGUAUACCAGGGAUCAUAUAGUGAUGCAUUUCAGGUAAAACAGCUUUAGCAGAACUGUUGAGCCAAGUUUGAGCCCGGUUAUUCUAUGGGGUCACUUGGAAAGAUUAUGUAUUUUCAGUGCUAGUGCAGUAAUGCCCUCUAUUUUAUAAAUGAAUAAAAUAUAUAUAAAAUGCCUUAAUGUGGAAAUGACAUAAGCAAAUUACAUAAUUUAUCUUUUUGUGUUAAAACUUAUGACAAAGUGUACAUAAAGCUAUAAAUCAUUGGAGAGAAAUUGUCAGGUUUUUUCCACAUCUGUCAUAACAGUUGUUUUUGAUUCAAUAUCUAUGUUUUCAGCAAUAAAUCUUGGUUUUAUAUUUACUUA